GUUUCAGCAGCAGAGGAGACGGUUCAUUCUGCGUCUUCUUCUUUGAAGUGCACUCAAACAUAUUUUUACUCACCAUGGAUCCGUUCGAACUGCUCCUUCGGGAAGUAUUGGACAAACCAAGCGUUGCUGGUUUGCAGAUGAUAUGCGCGCAAAUAGAAGCUUACGACAAUUAUAAACCACAGCGAGUGAAGGAUAUGGCAUUGAAAGCCAUCAGAAAGAUUACUGAAGAAGGAACACUAGCUUCACAGGAAGACAUGCUUCGUUUGUACAAAUUACUGGCAAAAUACAGCAAAAAAAUGGGUUCAGCUAAGAUAUUCGAAAAACUCGAAGAAGAAGACUUAUUCCGAAACUCCCUCAAAUUCCAUCUUUUGUGGGCUGAAAGCUAUGCAAAGGAAGGAAAUGUAGCGAAGUUUUCCAAUGUUGUGGAUUUGGCUAAAAGACGGCUACAUCAUCUCUCUACAUUUGACGUUGAAGCAGGUUUUAGGGAUUUAGUUGACCAGUACCUCCCAUCUUGCGAUCUUUUCAACGACGAGGAGACUAUGGCGGCUUUCUGUACGAAAAAACCGUCUGAUUUGAGAACAAAGAGAAGUCGUCGUCGAUCCUCUCUCGCUGUGAUCGAAGCGCGUGCGAAAGACACUUUCAAGAGCGCAGAACCACCCAAGAAAGGAUCUUUCGGCCCUAAAAGCCGCACGGACUUGCGUUUCGAGCUGGUAGAUCGUCCACAAGACGGAUAUGUUGCGCCAUCAAUGGAGGAAUUCAGAGCCGCGAUGUUGGCUGAUGAACAAAUGGCAGAUGCUUUUGAUAUCUUCGACAACGCACCUAUGGACAUCACAUCCCCAGCCCAUGAAGUCAUGGUAAGCCACGUCGCACUUACGCAACGUACGGUUAGCAUUGAGCAGAAAGAGCUCGGAAAACGUGGUCGUUUACUGGAGACUGUGGAGGAAUGUGAAUCUGAUUUCUCUAAUGAAGACAAGCGUCGGCGUAUUCUCUCUCCCGCUGCCCCGGUGCCAAGCAGCAGAGUAUUUGGUGCACGCAGGGAAAAAUCUCCCGAGCAGCCACCUGUGUCUACCAAUCAGCCAUCAACCAAAUCCUCAUUUAUCAGCGGAUCAUCAUUCACGGAGAAGGCAUACAGCGACAUGAAAGCUAUGUUUUCCGACACUGUUGUACUCAACAAAGGUAACCUGCCUGGCAUCCCAAAUGAGACAACUCUGCCAGUGCAGCCUCCAGCUGUCGAGGCUUUUGAAGUAUACGUUGAUGAGGACGUUACUCUUCGUGUGACAGAGAAAGAAAAAUCAGAAAAUGUCGCAAACGAACAACGACAAAGCGGCUUUUGCCAGAAUGCGGAGCGUCUUCCUCUUCAUCCUAUACCACUGCAACCUGCAGCAGGAGAUGCUAGGGGACAACUAGAAAAGCUAGAAGAAGAGAUCCGUGGAUUUGAUGUGAAGGAAUUCGGGAAGCCAAGGCAGCUGAUUAUUGAAGACGAGGAAACGGUGGCUGGUGCGAAGUUCUCUGUUUUGGGUAUUGACAAAAAACCGGAACGUGGUAUUGUAACAUCUACACCAGCACAUCCUCUCCCGCAUCCUCCUACUCACGAAGAUUUCUUUGCUCCACUCAAUCAUGUACUGGAAGAACAGAUGAAAGAAGAACAAAACGAAGAGGAAAUUUAUGCACAGUCUGCUUUCAUGCGGCGACGUUCAGUGGCACCCGUUGCCAAUCCAGUGGCUACCGUUACAAAAGUUCCUGCUCCAAAAGCAAGAACAGUGCAAGCUGCUGAACGUUCCAUGGAGCUGGCGCUUGACAAGAUGAACUUGGGUGAUUCGAAGCAGAUGGAGAAAGAACCGGAUGACGAUGCCGAGGGUGGUGAUCACGACCGUACGGGAGUUGGCCUUGCAGAUGAAGAAAUUACCAGUGCAAUUAAUCCAUGGGAUAGAAGAGUUCGUGCCGAGAUUUUGAAGCAAGCCCACAAGCCCUGCUAUCAGCAUGACUUUGAUACGCCAUGCCCUCGUGUCACAGCUGGAAAAACAGUGAAUUUCGGAGGAGAAAAUUACAACAUUGUAGAUCUAAUUGGUCAAGGCGGUUUUGCCAAAGUCUUCAAGUGUAUAAAUGAGGAGAAAAAGACGUUAGCUCUCAAGUACGAAAUCCCAUCAUGCCCUUGGGAGGUCUAUAUCUGUUCUGAGGCAAAAAUGCGCAUCGAUCGUUCCAAGCAUUUUGUUCUCAAGAGUAUCAUGGAGGUCACAGAAGCAUAUGUAUUCAGCAACGCAUCAGUAUUAUUCAAUGAAUAUCACCCAUACGGAACACUGCUGGAUCUUUCAAACAAGUGGGUGGAUCCGAGCUGGUACAUCGUAGCCUUGAUAGGCAUACAGAUGGCAAAGAUUUUACGCGAAUUACAUGCCGUCAAAAUUAUUCAUGGUGACAUUAAACCUGACAACUUCAUGAUUCUUGGAAAACUUAGUGAUUGCCGCGAUGACAUCAACAAAAUCCUUGCCACCCCCAUCGUGAAGCUGAUAGACUGGGGUCGAGCGAUCGACAUGCGUGUUUUGGGUAAUCAAACAUUCACCGGGCGUGCGGGAACCGAGAAAUUUGAUUGUCCGGAGAUGCUGGAAUCGCGUCCGUGGACAUAUCAGACGGAUUACUUCGGAUAUGUUGGGACGCUGCACGUAAUUAUACAUAACAAAUACGCUGAUGUUUCGAAAGUGAACGGUGUCUACAAGCUGAAGAGCUUCAUGAAAAGGCGUCUAGGAGUGCGUGAAUCUCUCGAAGUCAUUUUCCAAGAGUUUUUGAACAUCCCUGAUUGUGAUCACAUGCCUGGUUGGGAUAAAGCGAUCAAAGCUCUGGAAGGAGAUUUCCGAAAGAAGUUUGCACCACUGGAAUGGCGCCAAGCGGUUACACGAUUCAACUCGUUUUUCUAAUCGAACCUUCGAAUCAAUGUUUCUAUGAAUUUACAUCGCAUUAUCAACGCGUUCCUCUCCAUAAUCAAGAUUGUUGGAUAUCCUUUACUUACUAAUUUGUAAUGAGCUGUCAUUCAAAUGUUG